AUGAGGACAACUCCGCUUCCAUCGCCGGCCGAGGCCCCUUCGCCUAUCGCCGCACCUCAUCCUCACCUUCGUGGCUCCCCCCAGUCAACAUCCGACCUGGUUUCCAGUAGAAACGUUGGAUGCACAACGGACGGAAACGUGCCCAUAGAGGGAUGGAAGGCUAACUCUCAAUCACCUUCUGCUUUACAUGAACAGGCUACGACCCCGUAUUGUGCAUCACCAUCUACGAAGAAGGAGAGUUCAGACUCGGGGAAAGGGAACCAAGAGGAUCAAGGACGAAGCCUGCAAACCCUCAAGGAACUACGGAGACAGAUGGAGGAGUUGCUUGUAUAUCAACAGAUGCAACAGUCGCAGACCCAGAACACCUCAGCCCCUCGGGAAACUACCUCGUCGCAAGCAGACCCCGUCUCCUCGAGUUAUGAAUCGUCGAGGAAAAGGCGCCUUUCAAAUGUAUCUUCCCCGAGGAUCGCACCGCUCCCAACAGAUGCCAUGCCUUCAGCUUCCUAUUCCGACUCGACCGGCUCCGGAGGUACGAUACGAGCCGCUGAUUCAACGCCCGAGAAUAUGCAUGGACAGACCCCAUCGUACCCUUUCCCCAGAAUGCAGCAUCAAUCAGCUCCAAAGUCGACGCAAGAUCCUACGCUCAACCAUAACCCAUUCAAGCUGACGCUUCCGGCUGAAAAGCUCAAAGUUCACAAGAUGUCCUCACAACCGGCAGACGAAAGACAACCAACCUCGGUGAAGACCCCUACAUCCCAUAACGUUUUCCUCCCACCUCAAUACAAACCCGUGCCUGAGGACCCGACUUACUCUACCCCCAAUUUGUAUGAUCUUACAUUGCAGCUUAAUGCCGACCCUGGUCUUGAUGCAUGGUGGGCCAACGUUGUGCACAUCUUACAGGAGAACUAUGGCGCUGAGAGAGCAUCGCUAGCCAUACCUGGAGAUGCGACGGAUCUUGAAAACGUGCCGUGGGGCCAGAAGGCAGUUUUCGACCGGAAUAUAGAAGGCUAUGAACGGGAGACUCCACAGAACCAGCAGUCCAACAACGAGGCAACUGGAACGAGCGAUGGAUCUAUCAAAGGGGAGGCCAACUCGGAGAAGAGGAAAGAAGAGUCUAUUACGGAAAGCUUGGCGAAUGGAUCGGGGGCUGCCAAACUUCUCAAACGACCCUCGCUUCUGGCAAGGCACUCGUUUGCAGGGUUUGGUAAGGAGCGGAAAUUAUCAACAUGGCAAGAUUUGGAAACCUCACCGCAAGAGCAAAGGGUGAAAAAUGAGGGCAAGCGCGUUCAGAUCUCCAACGAAAACCCAGAUGGUGCUGGCGCAGCUCAGAGCCAGGCCUCGGCCACACCCUACCAGGCGCACACUGUGUCCUUUACGCAGUCCUUUGACCCGAUUAGUCCUGCCCAAUAUAAUCAUCGACAGGUUGUCUUCCCCACAUCCAGGCCCUUGGAAGUUGAAACAGAUCCCCUUAUAAAGAGGACUGGUGUUGUGAAAUUAUUCGGGCGCACAGGGCCUGUCGUUCUAACCAGAGAGUACUCCGAGAAUGCUGCAGCAAAGCAAUCUGAUGGUGACAUUCCAACGCCAGAGGACGUGGUGCAAGUUACUCCCACGGCAGAGCCUGUUCGGCCGUGGAACAAAGAGCAUACAAUUCGGUCCAGGUCUGCCUCUAACCCCACUGCGUCAGGCUUGCAUGCGACAAGAGUCCCGUUGAUGGAGUUCUAUGACGAAUACGAACAAGUUCCUCCGUCCCCCUGGUCACAGUCUCCUGCUCCUUCUCCAGCGCCCCGUGCCCAUGCAGAGCAGAACCCAUUCUUUUCUAGCCACACCGUCGAUGAAGGUGCAUUCGCGAAACAUCCCCCGCAACAUGAUUACUCGAAUCUGAACCCUCUGGAAGCUAUCGGUGUCGACCUAGCGAAGUCUGUAAUUCACAUACCUCUUUUGCAUGCUGGCCGAUCAAAGCCCACAUCUCCAUCCACUUUGAGAUUUCCGGUGGCUGUUAUUUCAAUCCUAUCACCUAUUAUACCUUACCCUGCGAAUUUGCGACAGUCACUCGCUUGUCUUAUUCCACACCUGACAACUUCAUUUUGCUUAGCCCAGCACUACAGCCAGCUCGAGCGACAAUUCGCAUCUCGUCUUGAGGCCCCGCGCUACGGGCAUCUUCUUGGCCUGGGGGGAACAUUUUCAGACGAAAGCAGUGAGUUAGAGCUUGUGGCUGGUCUUAGCGGACAUGUCAAUUAUACCAUAGCCGAUGACGGUUCUUUGGAGGCUCGUGCUAGCCUGUCUAGUCCCGACGAAAGGUCAAACUCGACCAAACCCAGUCCAUCUGGGAUCGGUACUCCUGGUCUUGACUUGGGUAGUAUCGGAGCAGGGGUCCCGUCAGUCUUGGGCGAAUCGCCAGGAUGUCCUACUAAACUUGGAACUGAUGCUGUGGACAGCUACUUCAAUGUCCAACAGCUUAAGGGCCUCCGUGAUGCGUUGACUCAUCAUCGGAAUCGACUGUCCAAGCCUCGGCCGAACGCCACAACUUCUACACCUACUUCUCCUGGGAGAUUGUUGGGGAAGCUUCCAACGGAUGAAGAUGGCACCACGCUCAAGACCCAACUGCAGCUCAGGCAUCCCCAUCCCAGGAAUUCCGCGCGCCGCCAGUCAUAUCCCCUACGCAAAACUCGUCUCGUCACCCUCCCGCAAACUCUUUUUACGCUCAACUGCCACGCGAGUUACCACCCUCAAAGCGGCGAAGUCAUUUGGACAAACUCCAAAUUUGACGCGUACAGAAGGAGCCAACCCCAGGAGCAAAAGUUAAGGGACCCCUGGCAAAAUAUCCACAGCAGCGAACGUGAGCAUGUGUCACAAGAGUGGGCAAACGCCUUACGGACGGGGUCACAGUUCACUGAACGAGUGCGCGUGAAGCGUUUCAACGACGAGUCGGCGUACCGCUGGUUUAUCUUCCGAGCCAACCCCCUACUGUCUUCCACAGGUGAGGUGCUAUAUUGGAUUGGCUCGUUUCUUGAUAUCCAUGAGCAACAUAUUGCAGAACUCAAAGCAGCUCAGGAGAGAGAGAAAUUUGCGAUCGAUGCUAAGUACAGAGCGUUUUCGAACUCCAUCCCGCAGAUUGUGUUUGAAGCCACUGAGUAUCGUGGUCUCAUAUUUGUAAACGAACAAUGGCAUUUGUACACAGGCCAGAAACUUGAAGAAGCGCUCAACUUUGGAUUUGCGAAACACCUUCAUCCCGACGACUUGGAGAAAUGUGGCGUACUUUCUGUAUAUCUCUCUGAGUCCCAAAAGGAAAGCACCGCUUCCGCAUUAGAUACAACCCUCCAAGAACGUCAUCUUGCCAAUGGAGUUACGCCUGCACUAGAAGAGCUCGUGAGACGUGGUGUGGCUUCUGUCCAAAAAGAUGAAAAUGGGCGUGUCUUCUAUUCCACGGAAAUUCGCCUUCGCUCCAAAGGAGCAGACUUUAGGUGGCACCUUGUUCGCCUGGUGCGCGUCGAGACGAGCAGUUUCGGUAGCGGAGAGGCUUCGUGGUACGGAACCUGUACCGAUAUCAACGAUCGCAAGAACCUGGAGCGGGAGCUCAACAAGGCAAUGCAACAAUUGAACAAUCAAAUGGAAUCGAAGACUAAGUUCUUCAGCAACAUGUCCCAUGAAAUACGGACGCCGCUGAAUGGAAUACUUGGUACCAUUCCUUUCAUCUUGGAUACUCAUCUCGACACGGACCAGAGGCGAAUGCUGGACACGAUUCAGAACAGCUCCACUAACCUUCGUGAAUUGGUUGAUAAUAUUCUAGAUGUUUCCAGGGUUGAAGCAGGCAAAAUGUCGCUAGUUAACUCUUGGUUCCAUGUGCGGUCGGUAAUCGAAGAUGUGAUUGACACUGUUUCUUCUAGAGCCAUCGACAAGGGCCUCGAAAUCAACUAUCUGAUGGACGUCGAUGUUCCCCCAAUGGUUAUUGGUGACAGGUUCAGAAUUCGGCAGGUCUUAAUAAACCUAGUUGGCAAUGCAGUCAAGUUCACCUCUCAAGGUGAAAUCCACAUACGCUGCUCCAUCGAUCAUGGCACCGCGACCCUUUCCAAGGAGACAGAAUUACUGUUGAACUUUGACGUUGUUGAUACAGGGAAGGGAUUCAGCGCAAGAGAUGCCGAGCGUUUGAUGCAACGGUUCAGCCAAUUAGGACAGAAUGGUUCCCAACAACAUGCUGGUAGCGGCCUUGGGCUCUUCUUAUCCAAGCAACUCGUCGAAAUGCAUGGUGGCAGAUUGACCCCCAGCAGUAAAGAAGGCCAAGGCGCCAAGUUUUCGUUUUACGUGAAGGUUGACGCACCUCCGCCACCGUCGCCUGACGAACCGCGCCUCGUUCGACAAUCGUCUAGCAUGUCCGAGGGUCUUGGGAUGCAAUCCAAACCUAGUUCCCUGCAGAAGAUGCUUUUUUCGUCCAGGGAUUCUACAGAUUCAAAGGGACUCGAUACCGAUAUCUCAUCCGUACUUGACUCGCCGCUUUCCCAACCUCCAGGCAGCUCUGAUCCUUCGGCUCGGGUUGCUUCCAAUAGCUUCUCAGAGCGAUCUUCGGUUUCUUCAGCUCUACCAACCCCCGAGCUUUAUGCUGUGGACCCACUCACCAAGGUUGACCCCGCAAAGCUCAGUAAUACGGAUUCUUCGUCGCAGGCUCGCCCGAUUCCUACGGCUUCUUCGAGCAGCGAUACCAUACGCCCUGUAGCUCGGCCAUCCUCAUCAACCUCCCGGGAGCUGUCUUUAUCGAAUACAUCGGCACCUGUAGAUGCAGGCUCAGAUGCCCCGGUCUCGCAGGACCCUUACUCGAUUCUCAUUCUAUGUCCCCUGGAUAAUACGCGCAAAGCUAUCAAGCAACAUAUUGAGCAGGUGGUGCCUCAUGAGAUACCUUUUGCAAUUACAUCCUUGCCUGAUGUCGAAGACUGGAAGGACUCGAUGAAUGAUGAGUCUAGUGCUAAGAUCACGCACCUGGUACUAAAUCUACCCAGCGUGGAAGACGUCCAGGACGUAAUUCAAUACGUCUCAGACUGUGAUUCAGCGUCCGCGCCCACUCUUGUUAUUAUUUCCGACCUAUACCAGAAGCGACAGAUUAAUUCAAAGAUCAAGGAACUGUCUGCUAGCGGUGGACGUGUUUACACUGUGCCAAAGCCGGUCAAGCCUUCAGCAUUCUCAGCCAUCUUUGACCCCGAUAAUAGGCGAGAUCUCAGCAAGGAUAGAAAUCAGGACAUGGCCCGAGAAAUCAACAAUAAUUUCAAAACCAUGUCUAAGAUGGUGAAGGAGGUUAUCGGGAACAAGGGAUACCGGAUAUUGCUCGUUGAAGACGACGAAACAAACCGUAUGGUCAUGUUGAAAUAUCUGGACAAGAUUAAGGUCAUGGCCGAAACAGCGUCAAAUGGUCAAGAGUGCACGGAAAUGGUAUUCUCUAAGGAGCCUGGAUACUACUCCCUUAUAAUAUGCGAUAUCCAAAUGCCAAUGAAAAACGGAUACGAAACUUGCCGUGAUAUUCGUGGCUGGGAACUAAAGAAUCAUUACCCUCAAAUACCCAUUAUGGCUCUGUCUGCCAAUGCAAUGACAGACCAAAUUGAAGACGCUGCACGCGCUGGCUUCAACGACUAUGUCACAAAACCCAUCAAACAUAACGAAUUGGGCAAGAUGAUGAUGGGACUACUCGAUCCUAGCCGGCCUCUCCUUCUACUUCGAGACCGUCUCAGGAGGGAUAAUCACCGCGAGGAUUAAGGUGGUCUCUGUAUUCCUGCAGUUAUCCUGUGCGGUCAGCGGAGGGUCUGUUCCAGAUGUUUUUUGUUGGCCGGGUCUAGCCUCCAGCUAGUGCGCCAAAUGGAAAAGUACAUGGCCUCCCGACUGCUAUGAUCGUGUCCUGAUGUACCUGCUACUAGUUCUACUUUUUCUCAAUUUUGGGCUGGGGUUUUGGCUUGGUACAAGCCGUCGGACGGAAAGGCGUCUUUGGAUGUUUUCGAGUCG